AUGUCUUGUUCUUACCGCCUUCUUACCUGCCUCCUGACCGAUAUCGACCACGCCCAGGCUUUGAUGGAAGCGUCCAGCGUGCAUCAAGGCCCGCGAUUUAAGGACGGACAGAUCCUGGGUCAUCUUGAACCUCUUCACGCGCAUCUGCUGGUCACAUUCGCCCGGGCUCUCAAGUGCCUGACUUCUCUCAGCCCUGUUCCUCCUCAGCACCUCCUCAUUCGUGUGCGAGAUGAAAGGGGCAUCGGUGGUCUUCGUUGUCCAGGUCGGGACCUAGUGGUGGCUUGGGAUGAGAAUGUCGGCCCUGUUCUUUAA